AAGAGUUUAAUAACAAAGUCUGGUCGUGGCAAAGGCACUCCAAUUCGAAAUACGACCAUGCCAUUUCCUACCCUGUUUUCCCCGCAAUCAAACUAAAAGAACAUCUCUCUCCCUCUCUCUCUAAAAAUGACUUUUGUGUUUGGUUCCUAACAAUAAUUUACUUAGAUUUCAAUUUUUUUUAUUGUAAAUUAAUUAUCAAUGGUUUUUCUUGUUUGAUGUUGUAAUUUCGAGAGAAGUAGAAAUGACCAAAGAGAAUCAAUCGGAGAAGAUGGUGAAUGUUGUCAGGCGUCCAUGCUUCUUUGUGAUUUUCUCUUCUAAUUUAAGCUCAGAGCGACUGGAUUAACGCAAUCCAAAUUGUUCACAUGGCAGAGAAUCCCUGUCAGUUUCAUCAAGCAUAUGGAAGGGAAAACGCCGGGAUUAGUUUCUUUGUUGGGCCCUAGUGGGGAUGUUUGGACAGCUGACUUAACUCAGGAGAAUGACGAUGUGUUAUUCAGUAAUGGGUGGUCGGAAUUUGUGAGAGAUCAUUUCUUGGAAUGCGGUGACCUUUUGGUUUUUAGGUAUCAUGGCGAGUUGUGUUUCUCUGUGCAAGUGUUUGAUCAAAGUGCGUGUGAGAAAGAGGCUGCGUUUCAUUCCAAAUGCAGCCAAGGUUGUAGUGAAUUUUGUGGAAGUACAGGGAAGAAGAGAGAAAGAGAGGAGGAGGCUGCAUCAUUAGAGAAAGAUUUUGUUUGUGCACGGAAAAAGGUUAGAGAGGGCUCUUCUGAAUUCCAUUCAGCAUGCAUAGAAAAGAACCGGGAAGCUCAUAUCAGCGCAUGUGAUGUGGGAGGGUGCCAGCGUGAUGGGGUCCUUGCAACUGAAGAAAGUUUAUCUCGUGAAACAAAUCAAUGUGGGAAUCCAGCCAAUUGUUUUGCCACUCCCUCUCAAUCAAAAGCAUGCUCUGAAAAGCAAGAGGUACCCAUCUGGAAAAGAUUUGGCAAAGAUGAUGACUUGAAGCUGCAUGAAAGAGGUCAUGUGUCAAUUUUUUCAGAACGUGAGAAAAGAGUUGCUGAAUCUUUUAUCUCUUGCUUUCCGUACUUCGUGAGGAUCAUGAAACGGUUUAACGUCAGUGGUUCAUACACUCUGAAUAUACCAUAUCAAUUUUCAAUGGCACAUCUUCCUAAUUGCAGAACAGAAAUUAUCCUUCGUACUAUCAAAGGAGCGUGUUGGAGUGUGAAUUCUGUACCAGCUACAAGAGUGCAUACAAGCCAUACCUUAUGUGGAGGAUGGAUGGCCUUUGUUCGUAGCAAUGACAUCAAUGUGGGAGAUGUUUGUAUUUUUGAACUUGUGCGCAAAUAUGAAUUGCGUGUUUUUAUUCUUCGAGUUGGAAAGGAUGGCCCAGAUAUGGAAACUGGAAAAGUAGUUUCUAACGGGGAAAACACUGGGUGUCCUGCCAUUGCACAUAAAACUGAAAGUUUUCCAAAGAAAUCGAGAAGAAACUGCUUGAAGGUCCAUUCUAAACUCAUUAAAAAGGCAGAAAUAUGUGAUAAAAAAGAGUUUGAGAAGAGUCAAGCAACUGGCAUUUCGAGGCAUGGAAAUGCAACAAAGGAUUCUGCCAGUGCUGUGCUCUUCUCUAUGUCACAAACUGGAGAUGGAAAGAAGCAGGCACCAAUUCAGAAUGGAAAGGGUGUAGAAGCUGAAGCUGGUCUGAGAAGGGUGGUAGCACUGGAUGAAGAAAGAGCAGCCAAGUCCUUUACGUCUGGUUUUCCUAAUUUUGUUAGAAUCAUGAGGAAGUUCAAUGUUAGUGGUUCAUAUACUUUGAAAAUCCCCCACCAGUUUUCAGCAGCAUAUCUUCCGAACUGUAAGACAGAGGUCAUCCUUUGUAAUUUACGAGGGCACUGCUGGACUGUGAAUUCUCUCCCAGACUCAAAAGGUAGAGCAGUGCACACUUUUUGUGGAGGGUGGAUGGCCUUUGUUCGUGACAACAAUAUCAAGAUAGGGGAUAUCUGCAUGUUUGAGCUUGUUAGCAAGUGUCAAAUGCGGGUUCAAAUAUCUGGGGUUGGACAUGAAGUGGUCAAUCAUCAAAUUGGAAAUCCAGCAUCCAAUGACUUACCUCUUCUGGCAGUGCCUCGCAAUGAUCCUCCCUCAUGAGGUACAUGGAAGAGUCCAGCCUUCGCUGGACAUGUAUGAAUUUUAUGUGUCUAUUUUUGGUGAGCAUUACAAUGCCCGUGUCUCCCUGCUUGUGAGAUUUUUUUUACAUGAAUUUUAUGUUGGAUUUUCCUAUGAGUAAAAUUCACUCUUAAAAAGAAGCCAUCUAUGAGUUUCUGAAUGCCAUUGCCGGGUGUUGAAUUGAAGAAACCCAUUGCAAUUUCAUUCAUCCCGUAGUAGAAAUGAUGAAAAACAAUAACAAUCUGUACAAUAGGUUUUAUAUGCCAUCCCAGAUGUUGGCCUCGCCCUCUCCUUCUCUCUCACACACACGCCCGCACACACUUCUUAAUGUUGUAUAAAUAGUUUAUGGACAAUCAACUUGUCCAACGACAUGGUGAAGCUUUUUAUUCGUUCAUUUUCGUAUACUAUGUACAGGCUGAGCUUCUUUUUGCAUGUGUUUACCAGAGUGUGAUACUCGUGUUUGAGCCAAGGGGCAGUACUCGAAGGUGGCUGAAGGAAGUGGAGACGUUCUUCAAGGCUCGGUCUGUUAUUCGGCAUUUUUGGGGAUUCAUGAAUCUACCGCCACUAAUUUUUCAUGCAACAGGGAGUCGUCCUUGUAACUGUCAUUGUACAUGCUAUGUAUCCUGGUUAGUUUUGUUUAUCUGUAGCUUGCGCUUGCAGCUUAGCAUGCAGUGGAAACAAUUAGAGUGUAGGAUGGAACUGUAAGAUCAGGCCCUUUGCUCAAACAUCUUGGCUGAUAAUUAAUUCUUAGCGGACAUGAAUGAAUGAAGGCGUUGAAAUGAAUGAAGAGGAUGGAACCUAAUUUACUUGGAA